AGGCACCAGAAUGAGCUGGCAUGGACUGUGGUGGUGGGCGACCAUGAGCUGAGCAAGACUGACGUGGGCGAGCAGGCUGUGCCCGUACGGCGCAUCCUGCCUCACCCCAAGUUCAACCCCAAGACAUUUCAUGGUGACCUGGCACUGCUGGAGCUGGCAAUGCCCCUGGCACUGUCACCCACCGUGAGCCCCGUGUGCCUGCCCAGCGGCCCCACCGAGCCUGGCCCUGGCACCACCUGCUACAUCGCCGGUUGGGGCUCCCUCUAUGAAGAGGGGCCGUCGGCCGAGGUGGUGAUGGAGGCGCAGGUGCCACUGCUCAGCCAGGAAACGUGCCGCGGCGCCCUGGGCAAGGAGCUGCUCACCAGCACCAUGUUCUGCGCCGGCUACUUGUCCGGCGGCAUCGACUCCUGCCAGGGCGACUCGGGGGGCCCGCUGGUGUGCCAGGACCCCUCCUCGCACCGCUUCGUCCUCUACGGCAUCACCUCAUGGGGCGACGGGUGUGGCGAGCGGGGCAAGCCGGGCGUCUACACCCGCGUUGCCACCUUCACCGACUGGCUCAGCCUCCAAAUGGACCCCUCGCACACCAGCCGGGAACCCAGCUGCUUCGACCUGCUGGUGCUGGCCCAGCUGCCCCCCGAGCAGCAGCCGGCUGAGCGCACCCGCCUCUGCGCCUUCUAUGCCGGUGCCUGCCCAGCGCCCCUGAGCCGGGCCGCGUGUGCCAGCCGCGCCGAGGAGACGUGUCGAGCCAGGAGGCGGCGGUGUGAGCUGCACGCCUAUGCCCAGACCUUAGUGGAUCUUCUGCGCCAAGCUGGGGACUUCUUCCGAAACCAGCUUGACUUCUCCUUCCUCACCCGCACCCUGCCCCAGCUCGUGGGCAACAUCUACAGACACUUCUUCCCUGCCCGCGUCCGCAGGGACACCCCAGGUACCCUCCUGGGUUGUGCUGCUCCAGACCCGCUGUCUGUCCUAGCACUGCCACUGGGCUCUCUUACCCCCUACUUCCCCACACCUUGUCCACACAGGCAGUCACCCCCUUUCACUGGGCUCUUCGGAACUGUGGGGCCUCAGCUGCAGGACUGGGUGGAAGCACUGAGGGCCAUGGCAGGGGGCAGCUCCUCAUCACCCCCCUCAGAUGGGGAGAAGAUGCCUGGAGAGACGUGGCUCUUCCUGCAGCAGGGUGAGGAGGCAGUGGAGGAGCUGGUGGGCCAAGGCAGAGCCUUCCUCACCCAGCUGCGAGCAGAGCUGGGCCUGGUCGCCCACCUCAAAGCCACGGAGCUGCAACAAGCACCUGGAGACCCGUCGGGGACCCCUGUGCUGAAGCAGCUCACAGUGGGCAGGCAGCUGCAGGAGAAACAUGAUCCGGUGCCCACAUCGCCCGGGGUGGAAGAGGAGGAGGAGAAUGUUAAGAACCAAGUUCCAGGCUGUGCCGGCCUCAACGAGUCAGCAGCGCGAGUCAGCGCGGUUCAAGAGCUGUACGCCUGGGUGCUGCGGGUGCCCGAGUCGGACCUGGCCAUGACUUUCCAGGAGAUCCUGGUGGACUUAGGCUCCAAAAAUGCCAAGGGGCUGUACCGGGCACAUGUGCGGGCCACGGUGGGGGGCCGCCCCACGGCUUUCGCCGGUCUCGUGGGCCUGGAGAGUGACUCGCUGGCCCGCAGCAUGCCUGGCCUGGUGGCCUUGGCACUCGAGGCCUUGAAAACCUAACAGUACUCGCUGUGCCCUGGGCCCUGUGCCAGCC